AUAACGGGGUGACCAGAAAGUGCGUGACUCAUUCAAGUUUCCCAUGGGAUCUUAGUAAGCAAGAUAACAACCUCUGCUCUCCGCCAUGACAAAAUUGAACACUGACUUUGGAAUGGGGAAACAGAAGACCCCACGAGAAUGCCUAUAGAGCCUAUGCUGGGAUGACCGCUCUUAAAAUCUCCCCUGCAUUUUCCUAUGACGUGCAGAUUGAAGGCACCCCGGCCGAUCUACGUGACGCGGUUGCCCAAUCACAGUACUAUCUCGAAAAUGACAAACUUGGGCGUCUCGUCGUAGGCCACGGUGCCAUUUCUUCAAAGGCUGUGAAGCUCCUGGGUACCUGUAGCGAGCAGUACGCACUGACCAUUACAGCAGACGGCUCAGCUGCUACUUUGACAGCGAACUCGUCGUUGGGUCUGUAUAGAAGACUUACUACUUUCAAUCAGAUUUUCUACUACUAUGGAGAUGUAAUUUACACUUUACUCGCCCUGAAUGGAAAGCGACUACGCUCGAAAUACUGCAGGGUUGGUUCAAGCAGAGAACCUUCUUCUUCUCAGACCUUGUGCUCUGGAGCUUCGAGCACACCAUCUGAGUCACGGACGACUUCUUCUCCCUAAUCCUUGGCUCCGACACAUGGUCGCCCUAGAAGAGUAUGUACCCCAGAUUGUCUCGG